GGCCGCGCAGGGAGCGUGCCGGGUGCGCGCCGCAGGGAGGGCAGCGGGGCCAUGAGAGAGGCUAGCCUUCUCUGGCGCGGAGCCGCUUGGUGGGGGGAGGGUGCGAGCCGGGGGCGGUGAGAGGCGUGCUCUCCACUGCGGAACCGAGCUCGACGUGCAGGUCGUGGGGCCGCGUCCCUGCCACGUUCCAGUGACCGCAGGCUGAAUCAUAGGGCUUCCCCGGGCGCUUUCCGUUCUUUGUGGCCGGGCCCCCGGGGCUCUCACUAAGGGUGUUCGGUCUGGCACCUGGUGUGAGGGGCGGGACACGCCACUUCAAGGCCUGGGUCCUCAGCGGGUUUUUCUGAUCUGAGGCGGAGUUGGAAGCACUCUGUUUUCUUCCCCACGUGGUCUGGGCGGGGAGGACGCGUCUCGCCCCCUGGUGGGAAACGCGGCUUUUUGAAACGGGCUUCCCACGGAAGGCAGUGGCUCCCUAGUGGCUUGGGUAGGGGCCACUUGAAAUCUUGCUGGUCCCUCACGGAGACCCACUUCACAUGGAGAGUGUGGAUGUGCGGUUGGUGACUCUGCCCCCCAGAUGCUGAGGUGCCUGAAUCCCUGGCGCGGGCCAUUACUGAGCUGUAGUUGGAGUAGGCUGUGCCUUUUCAAGCAGUAUCUAUUUACAAUGAAGCUGCAGUCUCCAGAAUUCCAGUCACUGUUCACAGAAGGAUUGAAGAGUCUGACAGAAUUAUUUGUCAAAGAAAAUCACGAGUUAAGAAUAGCAGGAGGAGCAGUGAGGGAUUUAUUAAACGGAGUCAAGCCUCAAGAUGUGGACUUCGCUACCACUGCGACCCCUGCUCAAAUGAAGGACAUGUUUCAGGCCGCGGGUAUUCGUAUGAUAAACAACAAAGGAGAAAAGCAUGGAACGAUUACUGCCAGGCUUCAUGAAGAAAAUUUUGAAAUUACUACACUGCGGAUUGAUGUUGUCACUGAUGGAAGACAUGCUGAGGUAGAAUUCACAACUGAUUGGCAAAAAGAUGCUGAACGCAGAGAUCUCACUAUAAAUUCCAUGUUUUUAGGUUUUGAUGGUACCUUAUUUGACUACUUCAAUGGUUAUGAAGAUUUAAAAAAUAAGAAAGUUAGAUUUGUUGGACAUGCUAAACAGAGGAUACAAGAAGAUUAUCUUCGAAUUUUAAGAUAUUUCCGGUUUUACGGGAGAAUUGUAGACAAACCUGGUGACCAUGAUCCUGAGACGUUGGAAGCAAUUGCAGAAAAUGCAAAAGGCUUGGCUGGAAUAUCAGGAGAGAGGAUUUGGGUUGAACUGAAAAAAAUUCUUAUUGGUAACCAUGUAAAUCAUUUGAUUCACCUCAUCUAUGACCUUGAUGUGGCUCCUUACAUAGGCUUACCUACUAAUGCAAGUUUGGAAGAAUUUAACAAAGUUAGUAAAAAUGUUGAUGGUUUUUCACCAAAGCCAAUGACUCUCUUGGCCUCAUUAUUCAAAGUACAGGAUGAUGUCACAAAAUUGGAUUUGAGGUUGAAGAUUUCAAAAGAAGAGAAGAACCUUGGCAUAUUCAUAGUUAAAAACAGGAAAGACUUAGUUAAAGCAACAGAUAGUUCAGAGCCACUGAAACCCUAUCAAGACUACAUUAUAGAUGCUAGGGAAUCUGAUGCAACCACCCGCGUAUGUGAGCUCCUGAAGUACCAGGGAGAGCAUGGUCUUCUGCAGCAGAUGCAGCAGUGGUGCGUUCCUCCAUUUCCUGUAAGUGGGCAUGACAUCAGAAAAGUGGGCAUUUCUUCAGGAAAAGAAAUCGGGGCUCUGCUGCAGCAGUUGAGAGAACAGUGGAAAAAAAGCGGCUACCAAAUGGAGAAAGAUGAACUCCUAAGUUACAUAAAGAAGAGUGAAAAUUGAUGAGAGCUGGCCUCAAUAGCAGAAAAUUUGGGGUAAGGUUAGAUUUUCUUCUCUCCUCCUCAGUGAGAUUUAAGAGACUUGAAUAUGUAGGCGAAAGAAAGCCAGCUUGGACCAGCUUAGAGGACCUUUUCAGAUUAACAGAGGUCUUCUGUGGUGAGUUUCAGGCAGUAAACUCAAGUCUACCUCCUCUUAAUCUCAUUUAUAUCCUUGAACCUUGUGAUUCUUUUGGAAUAACUCCUGCUGUAAUAGUAUAGUUGGCUUCCCCUGUCUUCAUCUGUCUAGGCGUCCCCUCUCCCCCACCCCAGGGCCCCUCUCCCCCACCCCAGGGUAACGCAUUACUGAUCUUCAGAAGUGCUGUCUUUAAGAAAGAAGUGUUUGAUGUUUGCCGUUGAAAUAACUACAUUAUUUUACCAUUGUCUUUAAGUGUUAAUUCUUACUUGAAUUUCAAAAUAAAAUUGUGUUUAAAGUAGCUAAUAAAAUAUCCUGUAUAAAAUUAUAAAGACCAGGUAUGUCCCUGGUGGUUGGCAUUCAUACACCCAAAACUUGUUCUAGCAGUCUCUAAGUUUUAGUACGUAGUCCAUAUCGUCCUUUGUUAACAACGAUUUCUUUAGGCAUACUAGGCCUGAGAAAGACUGGCUUGACAGUUACACUUGAGCCUUUUAUUUUAAUAAACAUUCCCUUUGGAAUUG